AACAUGCACAGAAAUUUGUUCCAGUUCGUCUCUUUGUCCAUUCGUCGAACAUGGUUGAACCUCCCCUCACCGGACACGGCGGUUGUGCCGCGUGUAUCCAGUUGCAUACACAAUUUUUAAUUGUUUGACAACGCUUUAACAGAGAGGACCCUCAAAUUCAUUGUGACGGAGCCGUAGCCGCCAGGAAGCUGACGGUCUUAACUUACAGUCUACAGGUGCCCGAGAUGCGAAUAAGUAUAAAAUACAGUACCACUGCAAACCAGUACGCGGCUAUGCAAUAGAGUUCAUAUCGGGCCAUCCUUGGCUCGCAAUGGUUAACAGUCGGACAAGCAUCUCUCUUGAAGUUUAUUCCACAUAUCUUAAAUGCCCGUUGCAGCAUUUACAUUCGGUUCCUUCGGUGAUAUCGUCACCAUUAUCGAGCUGGUCGUCUCCUUGAGGAACGUACUUAGCGAAAGCGGCGAUUCAGGUGCAGAGUACAAGGCUCUAUUAUCGUAUCUCGAGUCAUUUACGUACAGCCUGGAAUGUCUCAAGCCCCUCCUCUCUACGCAAUCUGGUAGUUCACCCAUAGAUUCCUCUGCAAUCAAUGCCAUCAGGUACGCCGUGGCGUGCUGCGAAGUAUUGAUACGAGAGUUCAAGGCCAAACUUGGGCCCCCUUCUUCUGGCGAAAUAUCUACGAAUACUGCGGAAUGGUUUAGGAAUAUUUGGUGGAAGUUGCAAUGGGCGUCGGCAACUAGGCACGACGCUGUUGAGCUCCGUUCCCGGCUCAAAGCACAAGGGGAUAUAAUCAAUCGAAUCCUCUCCAUGUCGACUCUUAGAGCCGUGCACCGUAGACAAUGCAUAACCUCAAGUUUUACUUUUCCCACCAUGGCACUAGUUUCUCUUGCCAAUCGAGAACUCUCUACUCAUCUCCCACCUACACCUAUGAACCACACAAUUGCAGUAAUCGAUAUCUUGGAUCAGACCACUCAAGUUCCAAUGGAACUAUGCUCUACCCCGGAGAUUUUUCGUGACUAUCUGAACCUCUUUUACCGUAAUCGAGCAGGCCACGCUCUGGUGAAGAACGGUCAUUUUAUUUUGACUACUGCUGGCGACGGACGUGUCGUGAACGAUACAACCUGGCGAUGUCUGAUGAAACCAGGUGCCACAAUUAAUAUGAGCGCCACGUUUUUGCUUUCGAAACUCACCUCACGCCAAUGUCCGCGGUGUCUUCACAAGAAUUAUCCCUCUGUAGGACAGGAGUCUUCGGCUGACGAGAUUCUCUGCUUCUAUUGUCAUACAUAUUUCCGUGUGGUGUCUCAGAGGUCAGAGUACAUCGUAGUCGACAAUCCUGCCGUGAAGCAUCGCACUAGCUCAAAGAGACAAGGUGCAUCUAGUCCAUUCCUAGAUGACAUGCAGUUUCUGCGUCGAAUCACCGCCUUCGCCCCCUCGGAAGCGCUCAAGCGAGCAUUGCUCGUUACAACCAGUUCGGACAAUGAAUUGGAUGUAGAUCGAGUUCGCAAAGGCCUUACUGACAGGUACGGCUUCGAGAACGACAACAUCACUGUGCUCUCAAACACGAAAUGCGACAAUAUUCUUACCCGAGAAAUAAUUUUGAAUGCAGUCCAAAGGCUCACGGAGGUCGACAGUGAAGGAGACCAAGUGCUGUUCCAUUUUUCGGGGCGGACUGAGCAACAAGCAAAUGCGUUCCUUGAAGCGGAUGGUUUGGAUGAAUUCAUUCUCCCUGCUGACUAUGACCCGCAAAUGGGGAAAUGGAUCAAUGAUGAGGAUAUCGGUCGCAUGCUAAUCCGUUCGGUGCCAAUCGGUCCCCGUGUAACAGCGACCUUAGACGCCAUACACUCUCGGAAUUCGCUGAAUGCGAGAGAGUCUCACGGUUCGGUAGCAGACGUGCUUGCUAAUCAUUCCGCAAAGGACUCAGGACUUAUGGCGGAUAUAGAGGAAGUUAUCUCCACAGAUUGACAUGCUGGAGCGAACAUCAAGGCCGCUAAGUUACCAGGUCAUGAGCUCAAUGAGGCGUCGGGCCCGCUCUCGAUGUAUCGAUCACAUAACGGAACGAUUACUGUAACAAAACUAUUAAGUGCUAUGUCGCUGCGAGAGCAAGGGAUACCAAUACAAAGUUAUGUCC